AUGUCCGCUGAUUCCACCUCCACAAAAGAAAUGCGUGAAGUGAUCAUUAAGUUGGGUGGUGUCCCUGCUUGUUUACAAAUCUGUCAGACGAAUAGACAAUUCUUUGAUGCUCCAAGCAGAGUUCAGAUGGACUCAACUAGUUCACGAUGCUCUAAAAGACCAAGAUUCCAUUGGUGGGCCCAGUGCUGUGGGCUCUACAUUAUAGAUUUUAACCAGUUCAAAUGCUUCCAUGGCCGUGAAGAUGAGGUUCCCAGUUUGGUCGAUGCAGUCAUCAGCAAUGAUCCCUACUUUCCGCGCUCAGGAGUCUUGUUGGACCACAUGCUGAAUGCUUAUGAAGGCGAAGCCCAAGCCAUUGCCGAAACCAAUCAGAAAGGCAAAAUUGUCAGUGUUGCCAAAGAGUUUGCCAGACAGCUUCGCAUGGCAAUGGAUUCCUUGAAAAAUUUAACAAAACUUUUGUAG